AUGGCAAAUACAUCGGUAUUUGCAAUAUCACCAAGAUCAUCUUAUUCCGAUCCUCCAUCUGCUUCGGCUUCCGCUUCCACAUCUAGCUCAAGUGCAGGUCCCAGUCAUAUCCCUGCUUAUACCCACAUUCACUCUCAACAGCAUGAUGGAAAUGCUAUCUUAACGACGACACCGACGUCAACGCCGAUCAAGAGAGGAAAGACGGGUUGUAUAACUUGUAGGAUACGUAAGAAGCGAUGCGACGAAGCCAAACCCACUUGUGAUAGCUGUGCGAGAUUGGGGCUGGAAUGUAUGGGAUACUCGGUCCAGAGACCAUCAUGGUUGAAAGAGAAAGAUAUGGAGAUGAAGUUGAGAGAAGAAAUUAAACAGAAAUCCAACGAGAGACGAAGGAGUAAGAAGACUGGACAGCCCAAAACGAAAACAGGACCGAAACCGAAACCGACCCCCACACCAACAGCAAAGGGAAAAGGAAAGGCUGAACCUGAACCCCAACCAGAACAACAGAUAGAAAAGUAUCAGAGUGAGAUGGGCGGCAACCUCGCAAUAGUUGCUUCUUCCAGUAAUCCGUUUAAGAGGAAAAGACAUAAACAGGACACGGACGAAGAAGAAGAAGAAGAAGACGAUGCAAUGGGAUUGGAAGACAACCAUAAUAUAUCAUCUUCAUCUAUGAGUGGUCCCUCACGAUCAAUCACCGUUCCCACCUCAUCAGUCUUAUACCCACAAGUCGUCGCGCAAUCUCAAAACUUAUCUGCUCCUGCUCCUUUGACUUGGGCACCUCUGAUCAGCAGUCUGAACCAUCCUAUAACAGGCUCGUUGGCGAGACAUCCAUGGAAUCCAAAUCAUUCUCAGGGUCCUCAUCGAAGUCAAUAUCAACAUCCAUCUCCUUGUCCAAGUCCCAAUGCGAUCGAAGGACCGUUCACUAAAAGUUAUACCUAUCCACCUCCUGCAGAAUACUAUCAGAAUCAGUAUCAGAGUCAAAGUUCAAGCUCCAAUCCCGAUACUCCCUCUUCACUUAUCGAACUAUCCAAUCCCGAAUCUCCCCUUGAAGAUCUAUGGAUAUACCUUCUGAACUGUCAACCCGACAUAUUAUCCAAUCUGCUGUCGCCCUCGCCCAUCCCACCUAGAUCGCUUAGUAAGAGUCCAUCACCUGAUUCAGUCGAUAGGUAUUUCCAUCAUUAUCUCAAUGUCGUCUUGCCAUUGCAAUUCAGGUUUACUAUGAAAUCGUCAGCGGCGGAUCUGUUGGCUCCGCUAGCGAUGAGGGAUGAUACUGUCAUGAAUGGUCUGAAAGCUCUAGCGGCAUUACAUCUCAGCGUGUACAAGAACAAAGAUAAGACCAGGAACGAUAAGAAUAAGGAUAGCCGAGGGGAAGGUGUCGUUUGGGAUGAUAUUGUAGCAGUAGAUGAUGAAGAAGAGCUGAGGACACUUCGGAUACAAGAAGACGAAGGAGAGGAAGGAGAGAAGGAUAAAGAAGUAGCUGAGAGAUCUUUCGAUAAAACGAUAAAGAGCUUACGAUCGCCGACAUCUGAUCCGAAUGAAACCGAUGGGUUGUUGGUUUCCUCUAUAUCUGCCAUAUCAUACGUGAUCUUCAGUGGUGGAAUAGCAUCUGAAUGGGUCGAAGCGCUUAGAAUAGCUAGGAAAUAUCUAUGGGGUGCUUUAAGAGAUUCACCAGAAUUAGGAAUAUUUACACCUUCCACUAUUCCCACUAGCACUCAUUCACAUCAAAAGCAGAAAGGAUCGCCUUGGAAAAGAUAUCGACAUUUCCUACAAGCUAUAAUACGCACAGAUAUCUUUGGGUCUAUCACUGAAAAUAAAGCGUCAGAGUUAUUACCAAUCUACAGAUCGUUGUUGAAUCGUUCGUCUAUUGACUUCUUAUCGGAUGGAAGUGGGAUUGGAAGGGCAAAUGGGUUAAAGGAGAUCGUACCGAAUUUAGAUGAUAUAGAUAACACCACUUUACUUGCACUAGCUGAAACAGUCGCUUUAUCCGAAUGGCGAGCGGAGCAAUACCAAAAAGGUACAUUGGAUCUUGAAGAACUCGUUAGAAGAGGUAAUGAGAUUAAAGUCUUGUUGAAUGAAAGAUCAAUAAGGGAAAGACAAUAUUUCCCAAAUUCAAAUCAUCAUCUUCAUGUCCGUCGAUCAAGUUCAAAUGGAAAUGAGAUGGAAGAUACGGACACAAGGUUAAAAGGUCAAUUAAUGAGUGAUGCGUACUACGAAUCGACCAAAAUAUUAUUGUCUAUAACUAUAAAUGGACCUUUCCCGAAAUUAUCGACUGUUCAAGAACCUAUAAAUGAAAUUAUCAAUUUGAUCAGACAACUCAAGAUAAUAGAAAAUAGACAAACACAAUCUCAAACCGCAACCACAGCCACUGUUGGAACCCAAACUGCGAUCGGAACAGAAAAGAAGAAGCGAAUGACGACUAUGACCACGGGAACGGGAGCAAUCACUGGGACGAACGAAUUUAUACGUACAUUGAUUUUCCCAAUUGCAAUCUCAGCAUGUCAUUGUUUACCUUGCUUACAACCUUUUUUCAGAGGGUUGUUUUUGAAUUUGAAUAAAAACUCCUUUUUAUUCGGUAAUACGAAAUUUAUCUGGAUGUUAAUUGAGAAAAUGUGGGAAGAGAGGAAUAUCAUGACCAAUACCGAUUCCGACGAAAUUAAUGGAAGUGAAAUUGAAAGACCAAUUUUUUGGUUGGAUGUAAUGAAGGAAUUAGGAUGGGAAGGAGGCAUUUUGUUGAUUUGA